AUGCCGUCAGAAAACCAUGAUCCAUCUUUUGAUUACGAGGAAGAAGUCGAUAGAGCCAAGCGGUUCAAAGAUGAUUUGGGCAAAGGUGGCUGGAAGAAAACAGACACGUACCUUUGUGAGUUAAUGCGAGACAAAAUUCUUAUGUCAGUCGUCUCAAUAUCAAAAUGCGUUGCCUCGCUGGACGACUCUGUGUCUCAGUAUUGGAUUAAAACAUUCCCAGGCGAGGAGGUUCCAAUAAAGUUGCUUUUCAAGUGGAAAAUGCCAAUACCCGCCAAGACGUGUUUGGAGAUGAUACAGCCAGCGCACAUAGAAGUCAGAAGAAAGUGGGACGACAAUUUUGUGGACCAUGAACUUCUGGAGACUUACCCCAAUGGUGAGAAUGUGGUCUACAUGCGAGUUGUUACUCCUUGGCCAGUUGUUAGUCGGAAUUACGUUUUGCUGAACUCGCCAAUUAAAGAGAUUGAUUGGUAUGGCAAGCAAGCUUACGUCAUUUUUCAGAGAAACAUCACCCACUCUUCAAAGCCUGAGGGAGAAGAUGGCAUGGUCAGGGCUUUCAAUGGUGGGAAUUUCUACUUGGCGGUGCCGGAUGAGAAUGAACCAGAAAGCGCUUGCGAAGUUCUGGGGUUAUCAAACAAUCUUUUCAAAGGCUGGAUUCCGGAUAAUGAAUUUGUGACGGCUAAACUUGUUCCUCGGGGUAUUGACAAGUUACGAGAAAGUAUGACGAAGGCCUAUGACACUUAUUCCGAGUACUAUACGAAAACAGAAACUUAG